AUCGAGAGUAGUUUUAUCCAAUCAAUACUAAGGAGAGCUACACGUAGUGAACUAACUAUUAUGUCAACAUCGACUGUUCAACCAUUUCUUCAUAUAUGGGAUUGUGGUGGUCAGCCAGUGUUCCUUGAGAUUCUCCCAGCCUUCCUCACUCCUCGUACAAUGUUUCUCCUCCUGUUUGAUGCUUCAAAGGAUUUCAGGGAAAGAUGGCAGUCACGUCAGAAUACCCCUGAUGGUGAAGUGCUGUUUGGUGAGGUAGUGAAUGAAAGCACGAGUGAUCUAAUGGCCAAAUGGAUGUCUACAAUACACAGUCACCUCGUGAAGCACAACAAAGAUGAUACUUCUUCUCCUAGUCUCUAUUGUAUUGGCACUCGUGGGGACAAGCUAAAUUCAGAAAGCAAGAAAGAAGCAAAGGUGCAAAUCCAGUCCCUAUACAAGGAGAAAAAGUUCUCAGAUCUUAUUAAAGAUGUACUGAUCAUUGAUAAUACAACCUCAGGAAAGGGGAAAAGGGAAGAUCCAAGCAUUACGGAAUUACGUGGAGCUAUUGAUGGUUUCAUCAAGACAUUAGUUGUUCCAACCCCUCUCAAUUGGGUUCUGUUUCGUAAAGUGUUUCAAAAGCUAGAGAAGAAUGUCAUUAGUGUAUCUGAUGCUAUUGCCAUUGGAGUGGCAUGUCAUAUACCAGCAGCUGAUCUUCCUGAAGUAUUGAAAUUCUACCAUGAGCUGGGAGCUCUUCUUUACUAUCCUCAAAUAGAAGGUCUGAGGAAUAAAGUCAUUCUCAAUCCAAAAUGGUUUGUUGAUAUCAUUGGGAAGGUGUUCCCACUUGAGAAAGGAUGGAGUGGAGGGAAAAGAUGGCUGUUGUUUCAAAGUAAAGGUAUUCUUGUUCAACCACUUUAUCAAGAAGUAUGGCAGUCAAGUGGUAUUGAUCCAGAAGAAAUAAUUGAACUUUUAGUUCAUUUUCGUCUGGCAGCUCAAGUUCAAAUUGAGGUUGAUGAUUCUAAACAAUAUUUUCUUCCAGCAGCUCUACCAGGAUACACAGGUGAUUCUAAUGAAGUACGACCUGGUUGUAAGCUAAGAGCCUCACCUGUACACAUUACAUUCUCCACUGAGUAUGUACCUCCUGGCUUCUUCACUCGUUUAGCAACCACUGUUGCUGCAAAUAAUAAUAUCAAGCUUAAUUUUAAUGUAGCACACUCUGAAGUUGAGAGAAGAAGUAUCUAUCGUAAUCGUGUCUGCUUCUCUUAUGGUCAUCCUUCUGAUGAUUUUGUUCUCACUGAUGUUAAUAAAGCUAUUCAAGUUGAUGUGUUUCGAUAUUUACCUGAGAGUAGUCAUCCAGUUCCUUUCAAAGCAGUUUGUCAAGACAUAUUAGAAUUGCUAAAGAAAUGUUGUAAGAAAGUAGAAGACACCCUUUAUGGUUACCACGGGCAUCAUAUAACUCAAUCAUCAUCAAGAGAUGUUCGUUAUGUCUGUGAGUGCAAGUAUUCCAGUUCCAAUGCAGUUCAUUAUAUAGAAGUUGAUGCUGAGAAGCAAACUUGCUCUGAUCAGGUUUAUUGUGAAAAGGUUAGAAGUACUCGUUCCCUAACUACAAGAGAAUCAAUGUGGUUUCAAGACGAGUUCUCCUAUUUGAAAUAUCUCAUUCAGUUUGGAGUUGGUCUCAUUUCUUUAAUUAUUUUAUUGAUGCUUCUUACAUUUUCAUUCACUGUUCUAAUUAAUAAUAGCUCAACUACAGCAAAUGAAGCAAAUAUCUUGACAAUUAGCGACUUGCAAAAAGUAUUAGAUGUAUUGGAUGAUGGGUACUUUCCUAGUAACAAGUGGUUUCAGCUUGGAUUGUCCUUGGGCCUGUCAAAUCCAAAGUUAGAAACAAUUGAAGACAAUUAUCCAAAGAACAAUGAAAGAUGCCUUCAAAAUUGUCUGACAUUAUGGCUGAAAGAGAAUAUUGAAGUAACAUGGAGCAAAUUAGCUGAUGCUGUUGAUAACACUGGAGAAAAAGCUGUUGCAGCUUAUAUAAGAAUAAGAAAAGUACAGAGCAAAAGUGAACUGUAGCAUCUCCCCAAAAUUACAAUGACACAUGCAGAUUACAUUUUAGUAUUCAAAAUGUACACGUACAUUAUUUGAUUGAAUGCACACAAAAAUCUAUACCAACAUUAUGAGCACAACCAUGCAACCUUCAUGCUAGUUUGUAAUGAAUGAUUUCUUAUUAGAAUAAAGAAAAAUGCUUGCCCAUUCUUAUCUAAA